UUUCGUGAGUCACGACCGCUGCGAACGUUGCUAAUCGAAUGCGAAGGAAAGAUUGAAGGUGCCGAUUGUGAGGCGUUAUUUUCAUUAUCAGAUUAUUUAUGGUGGAUGUGAAGAAUGCUUCUCACUAUUCUGAUUGCUACCGCGCUCCAGUUCUCAGGGAUUUAUAGUUUGGAGCCUGCAGCUAUUUCAAAAGCCCCUGAAAAUGUAACAAUUGCAUACAAUUCCUCUCAAUCCACAUUGCAAAAUGCAGUUUUCAAUUGCACCUUCCUGGGUGAUCCAUUGCCUGAAGUGCAGUGGUAUAACUUGUCAGCUAAUCUAGCAAACAACAGUAAAUAUGUCAUUUCUGGAUCAAAGAGCAGCAGUAUCUUGACAGUUGUUGGUGCUGAUGUCAAUGAUGUUGGCAGUUAUUCUUGUAAUGUUACUAACAAUCAAAGUUCAGUUGCUCAAACUGCAUACUUAAAUGUGCAAGUGUUUACACGAAUCCUCACCCAUCCACAGUCUACUGUACUAAAUGAAAGCACCUCAUCAUUGAAGCUUUCAUGCGAUGCAGAUGGUGUUCCAGCACCAACAUUUCAGUGGAAAAAAGAUGGCAGUGUAUUGCAUGAUUCUAGUAAAACCAAAUACACAGAAAGUGGCAAGAGCCUCACAAUUUCCAAUCUUACUCGAAAUGAUACUGGUAGUUAUGUAUGUAUGGCUUCAAAUGGAUGGAUUGCUGUUUCAAAUGCUGCUACAGUUACAGUCAAUUAUAUUGACCCAAUUGCACUCAAUACAUCUUCAACAUCAAUUGUGUUGAAUGAAACAUCAUCGUUCUUUGUUGAAUGCACAGCAAAUUCCAACCCAACAGCAGCCUAUUCCUGGACCAACAAAGCAGGCACUGUUGUUUCUAGCACAUCUGUUCUGUCAAUUAGCUCUGUUAAUAGAAAUCAUAAUGGAUCAUAUACUUGCACUGCUACAAAUAAUGCUGGGUUGACUGUUUCUAAGAGUCUCACAUUGGAUGUUCGAUAUAUCGAUGCAAUUGCAUUCAACACAUCUUCAACAUCAAUUGUGUUGAAUGAAACAUCAUCGUUCUUUGUUGAAUGCACAGCAAAUUCCAACCCAACAGCAGCCUAUUCCUGGACCAACAAAGCAGGCACUGUUGUUUCUAGCACAUCUGUUCUGUCAAUUAGCUCUGUUAAUAGAAGUCAGAACGGAUCAUAUACUUGCACUGCUACAAAUAGUGCUGGAUUAAUUGUUUCUAAGAGUCUCACAUUAGAUGUUCAUUAUAUCGAUGCAAUUGCAUUCAACACUUCUUCAACUUCAAUUGUAUUGAAUGAAACGUCAUCGUUCUUCGUUGAAUGCACAGCAAAAUCCAACCCAACAGCAGCCUAUUCCUGGACCAACAAAGCAGGCACUGUUGUUUCUAGCUCAUCUGUUCUCUCAAUCAGCUCUGUUAAUAGAAAUCAGAACGGAUCAUAUACUUGCACUGCUACAAAUAAUGCUGGAUUGACUGUUUCUAAGACUCUCACUCUUGAUGUUCGAUAUAUCGAUGCAAUUGCAUUCAACACUUCUUCAACUUCAAUUGUAUUGAAUGAAACGUCAUCGUUCUUCGUUGAAUGCACAGCAAAAUCCAACCCAACAGCAGCCUAUUCCUGGACCAACAAAGCAGGCACUGUUGUUUCUAGCUCAUCUGUUCUCUCAAUCAGCUCUGUGAAUAGAAAUCAGAACGGAUCAUAUACUUGCACUGCUACAAAUAAUGCUGGAUUGACUGUUUCUAAGACUCUCACUCUUGAUGUUUACUUUCUUGAUGCACCAACAUUCAAUACGUCAUCGAAUUCCAUCGUGCUUACCGAGACAACACCACUUGGCGUGCAGUGUGCUACCAGUUCGAAUCCUUCUUCCACUUACAAGUGGUAUGCUCCCACUGGCAAUGUCAUAUCUAGUUCCUCUAUCCUCUAUUUCCAAGCAGUCCAAAGAAAUGAUAGUGGCGCUUAUACGUGUUCAGUCACAAAUGGCGCUGGGAAAGCUGCAUCUAAAGUAUUAAAUCUUAACGUUGAAUAUAUCGACCGCCCUGCUCUCAAUGUUUCGGUUAGCAAAAUCAUUUUGAAUGAAACAGAUCAGUUGUACGUGCUUUGCACUAGCACGUCGAAUCCAAAUGCGGAAUACCAUUGGGUUGACUCAUCUGGUGCCUCAGUUGUGAAUGCUCCAUUGCUAUCAUUCCCUGCUUUAAAGAGAAGUGAUGCCAAAACAUAUAGCUGCAUUGCGAAUAAUAAAGUUGGGAAGAAAACAUCUGCGAACUUGACCAUUGAAGUCAAUUAUCUGGACAAGCCAUCGCUAAAUGCAACGGCGAGUGUGAAUGUAACCGACUCAAGUAGGCUUUUGGUCCGCUGCUCCGCAGUUUCUCACCCACCUGCGCAAUUUUAUUGGCAGAGCUCCGCUGGCAUUGUUCUAUCGAGUUCUGCUGAUCUCAGGUUUGAGACGAUAAAUCGUAAUAAUUCCGGUGGAUAUUUCUGCGUUGCAAAGAACUCUUUUGGUACGAGUUUUUCCAACACAGUGACAGUCAAUGUGCAGUAUGUCGACACACCUAUAUUCAAUACUUCUUCGGCGGUUGUGAUUACAGAAAGCCAAAUGCUCCAUGUUCAGUGUACUGUGACAUCAAAUCCAGCUGCCAGCUUGGAAUGGAAGACUCUUUCAGGGACCACCAUAUCAAAAACGUCGCUUUUAUCGUUUGAUUCUAUACAUCGCAACAAUUCUGGAAAUUAUGUUUGCACGGCAACAAAUUCGGUUGCUUCAAAAAGUUCUUCAACAUUAGAGAUUGUUGUUCAAAGUAUUGACAGCCCACGAUUCAACACAUCCAAUCACAACAGCUUAAAAGAAGGCGACCCGUUCUACGCUGUGUGUUCGACCACUGCAUACCCAAUCACCGAUUUCAGAUGGGAAACAUAUUCCGGCACUGUGGUUUCAAAUACCCCAUAUUUGCAGUUCACGUCAUUGAAAAGGAAUGAUUCAAAUACAUAUGUAUGUAUUGGAUCGAACGCAGCUGGCACAAAGAGAUCCAUCAAUUUGACCAUUGAUGUUCGUUACAUUGAUAUGCCAACUUUCACUGGCGUAAAGAACGUGAUCAUUAAUGAAAGCUCGCCAUUACAAGUACACUGCACAACUAAAGGCAACCCAGCCCCUGAUUAUGAAUGGGUAACGGCGAGCGGUACACCAGUGUCCUCUUCAGCAAUUCUCAAUUUUGCCAGCAUCAAUAGAGCAAAUGCCAGCGUUUACAUGUGUAAAGUAUCAAAUAACGUGGGAAAUAGGUUGUCUGGCAACCUUACAGUUAUUGUUCACUAUCUUGAUGCCCCUAUCGUCAAAGCCAGAGUUACGUUUCGGAACGGCUCCGCAUCUACAAUCGAGUGCUCUGUGGAGGGUCUUCCCAAGCCAGCAAUAUCUUGGAAUAAAGGAGAUGCACUUGUCAGUUCUCAAAGCACAUUGACUUGGAAUCCAAUAUUGAAAAAUAACGCUGGAACUUAUUUUUGUCUUGGUGCAAACAAACUUGGAACUAAACAGAGCCAAACAGCCGUAACUGUAGAAUAUCCACCAGUUGUCACAGUGACAUCGUCCCAUAUUCUUCCAUUUGUCCGAAUCGGCACUUCCUUGGAGCUAGUUUGUGUCUCAGACAGUGUACCUCCGUCCAACGUGACCUGGAAACAUAAAAAUAAUCUAAUCGUCAAAGGAACAAACAGUGCAAGGCUCAAUUUGUCACUUCAGAGAGACAGCACUAGCAAUUAUACCUGCUUGUGUGAAAAUGACCUGGGGACUGCUCAUGUUGUGAAAGAAGUUAUUGUCCAAGAGCGGCCUGAUCCCCCAAGCGCCUUCCAAGUAACAAAAAAAGAAUCACGAUGGAUCACUCUAAGCUGGCAAGCGCCUUUUAAUGGCAACAGCAGAAUCAGUCAGUAUGUUUUGAAGUAUGGCACCGAUGCUGCUAAUCUAGACAAGGAGAAUAGAACGCAGUCUCUUCAAUACAAUGUGUCAGGCUUGCUACCGUUCACUGUAUACCAUUUCAAUAUAGCAGCAACGAAUUCAUUAGGCUCUAGUCAUACAAGUAAUCUGAGCGAGAAAACAAGCACUGAAGCACCACCCCUGAAGAAAGAUGCUAUCAGCUCGCCUGCACCAUCGAAAAGUACUGUAACAAUGCUACUCAAGAAAUUUGAUGAUACGAAUGGUAAAAUUAGCUUUUACCAGAUUAUUGUGGUGAAAAGUUCCUCAUCUUCCUCAUCGAGCCGUCCAGAUGAUCUCACAGGGUUACAAGGAUAUUCAGCGGCAACCAGCAAUACACCAUAUAUCACGGCUGAAUUUUCUUCAAGUGUCUUCGAAGUAUUCACUGAGUGGCACUUUACUGUAGGGGAUGAAAAGAGAACGAGCAGAAAUAAAACAACGACGCGCGCAAGGAGAUCUGCUAACCAAGAGUACUAUAACGCACCAUUAGAGGCUGGUACUGAAUACAAGGCAUUCUUCAGAGCAUACAUCAAUGACUUAGAAUUUAGAUCCACAAACUGGCUGGAGUUCAAGACAACAGCGAAAGAUGAAGGGUUGUCUGCGGGAGCCAUUGCUGGCAUUGUUAUUGGAUGUCUGUUGGCACUGUUUCUGGUCGCUGUUUUUGUGUUUAGGUACAUGAGAAAUAGAGAGGAUGAGAAGGAUAACGUAGAAGAAGAAGAAAAGAAGCCACACAGGCCUUCCUUUUUAAAAAGAAGUUUCAUGAAGCCGCGUUUGGCGGACCCAACACAACCAGUUUCAAGGGACUCGUUCGAGAUCCAUGUCAAUAACAUGAGAGCCAACAGUGGGUACGGCUUCUCCCAAGAAUAUCAGAUGAUUGACAAAAGAUAUAGACAUUCAUACAAUCAUAGUACAGCCUCGUACAACACCUUGAAGAACAGAUACGCAAACAUUCACGCUUACGACCACUCGCGCGUCGUGCUUCAGUCCGAUAACACUCCAGGCAGUGACUAUAUCAACGCAAACUAUAUUGGUGGUUUUAAUGGCGACAGGGAGUACGUUGCAGCUCAGGGACCUUUGCCUGAGACCAUCUCAGAUUUCUGGAGAAUGGUUUGGGAGAAAGACUGCUCUACGAUUGUCAUGCUCACCAAUGUGCAAGAAAAAGGACGUCAGAAAUGCGCUCAAUAUUGGCCUACCUGCGGUUCAGCGACGUUUAAGGCGCUUGUUGUAAAUGUGCUAGAGGUUUUGGAGUAUCCGGACCUGGUCAUAACUACAUUCCACAUAACCAAAGUCGGACAGGCGGUUGAGAGGACUUUGAAGCACUUCCAUUUCAUCAGUUGGCCGGACUUUGGAGUGCCUUCGGAGCCUUCGAUUUUGUUUUCUUUAAUCAAAAAAGUCAACCGUUGGAGGAAAAUGGCACCUCAAAAUGGACCACUUAUUGUGCACUGCAGUGCUGGCGUUGGGCGAACUGGAACAUAUAUCGUUAUCGAUACACAACUCAACAGAUUAGCAAACGAAAGAGACGUAGCAAUAUACUCCAAUGUUUCUGAAUUGAGGGAGCAGAGGUACCUAAUGGUGCAAACUGAAGAUCAAUAUGCGUAUAUACAUUUCGCCGUGCUUGAAUAUAUUAAGUCGGGAGAUACAGAAAUUGAAGCGCACGAUUUGCGAGAUUACAUCAAACGAAAGAGUGAUGUCGAUGCUACGACAGGAAGCACUGGCUUGAUGGACGAGUUUGUCUCGCUAGCUAGAGACGAAACGCACCAUACUUUCCAUGAAGCAAGUAAGGUACAUAACCAGUCGAAAAACAGAUACAAAAAUGUUUACCCCUAUGAUUCCACUCGUAUACGGCUGUCGCAGAUCAACAAUCUAAGUGGCUCGGACUACAUCAAUGCAAGUCAUAUCGAUGGCUACGUCCAGGAGGGCGCCUUCAUUGCCAGCCAAGCGCCUCUUGAGAGAACUUUUGAAGACUUCUGGAGAAUGAUUUGGGAAAAGGAUUCGAGGACAAUUGUCAUGUUGUCCAAAGAAGAAGAAGGCGGAAAGGUGAAAGUCAAUGCUUACUGGCCGAAUGGAGGAUCCAUAAAGAUUGGCAUUUUGAUCAUAGAAUUGGUCAGCGAGGAGAAGUUUUCCGAUUAUAUUCUUCGCGUUUUCAAAUUAACCAAUUCAGAGCAGGGCCAGUCACGUUGUGUGCGCCAUUACCAGUACACGUCUUGGCCGGAAAACGCUCCUCCUGAAUCUGCAUUCGGAGUUAUAGAUCUCAUUGGACAAGUUUCGAAGUGGAAUACAACUGUUGGGAACAGGCCUGUGACAGUACAUUGCAGUGCUGGCGUUGGCAGAACUGGAGUGUUUAUCGCCUUGACAAAUUUGAUAGAGCGGCUGAAAACGGAAGCAAUGGUUGAUGUUUACCAAGCAGUAAGAAAACUGCGCUUACAAAGAACGGCCAUGGUCCAGACAAGGGAUCAGUACGAAUUUUGCUACCGUGCCUUGCAAGAGUACCUCGACUCAUUUGACCACUAUGCUAACUUCGAGUAGUGUUUGACAUGUUUAUUGUGCAUAAUCAAAAUGUUUACACAUCAAGCUUUGGGGAAGACAUUUUUUAAUGUUUACACAUCCAGCAAUGGAGUCAGCAACUUGGCAAUCUGGCUAUGUUUAAAUCACUGCCGGGGCGAUUGCCAAUCUGGUUUCAAUGUGCUUGAAUCAGCCCGCUAUCUAUACAGCUAGAAUUAUUUGACUUUGCGAUUUCUCAUCUUGUAUAAAUGUUUUAUUAAUGAAUCUGUUUUGUUGAACAGUUUUGAAAUUGCUCAUUGUUAGGAGAAUUUUCAGGUAUAUUUUUGUUAAAAUUAGUUUUGUAUUUGCACGAAGAGUAUUGCAAUACCAGGGUAUCGUAGACUUGUCUCUAUAUGCUAGGAAGAUGGGAUGCUGUGCAGGGGUGAACACUUGCUGCGCCUAAGGAAUUCUCCAAUUCUGACAUUUUAACUAAUAUUCAAAAAAUAAAUUUAGAUAGCUUUUCAAUAUUGUUUUUGGUCCUGAGGCAGGGACUUGGGAUCUGUCAUGCCAAAGCCACACAGUUUAUUGGAAAGUGCUUUUUAAACUAGUCUCGUGACAUCAUCUCCUGCGAUUUUUUGUAAUACGUUGACCAUAUUUAUGCACCUAAACAAUGUUAUCAAACGCAAGGCUUGGUGUAGAAGGAGAACAUCUCAAGAGAACGCCACUUUAGUUUUCGUGCUCUCUGUACUGUACUCAAUAUACCCAAAAUCCUAUAUCGAUAUAGGAAAGCACCAGUUUGUCAACAGCCUUCUCCCGUAGCAGGAGCCUUCCGUUCAUUGUAGUGGUCAUUAAAUUUUAUUUGUAUUUGUCAUGCAUGUGCCUUUGAUAGAGCGAGGCAGUCCGCGCUACUAUGUACUGGAAUGCACACCUGUUGAUGUAAUGAUGUACAGUCGAAUCCCGAUAUAACGAACUCUGAAGGGAAUCAGAAAAUAGUUCGUUAUAUCGGAGUUGGUUAAACCAGGUUUCUUUAUAUCAGGAUCCCACUAUAUUUACGUUUGACGAAGCUAUUUGUAGCAAUUGUAUCUACUUAUUCGACAAUUUAGAAUCUUUUUAGCAAUACAAAACCCGCUAUAUGGGUCAUUGUUCAAACUUUUGUAUGGUUGCUAACUAGAAACGUUGGUAGAAAACUGCUUCAGAGCAGUGUUAUUAAGUAAAGCACGCGAAAUGCUUGGCGCAAUUUUUUAUAAAAAAUAUCACAAACAAAUUGUUUAUCCAGUUAAUCAAUGAAUAUAACUUCACCACUGA